UAAGUAAUCCCUUACUGCCCGAUACUGCCUGCAGGCUAGGUGGAUUGCUGACUCUAAAUUACCCUUCAUAAGUGUAAACGUGGGUGGGAAUGGUUUGCUGUACAGUAUGUGUCAGCUCUGAGUGGCCUGUCCACGGUGUACCCUCUCAACCAGUGCGAGCUGGGUGUCACCUCACGAUCUCUGAGGGUGAAGCCGGCCAAAGAAUCCCACGCAUUGCGUUCGCUUUAGUGGCAACGUUUCAGUCCCCAGACUCCCGUGUGCUCAAAUUCAAGCUCCACGGCGUACAAGAACUUGAUCAAAACGGAGGGUCGAGUCUCGGGUCCUCUUCGGGCUUCCGUAGACAUUCCUUCACUGUCAGUGUGCGUUGACAGACAACCAUCGCUGAGCCGCCAGCCCUGCUGCAAGUCUAAACUAUGGAGGAGAUUAACAACAUUGAAGUGGUUCCGUGCACAGAGUCCGACUACCUGAAACCGUUCAGGGUGCACUAUAAUCAGAAUGGCACAAAGAAAUCCUGGGACUUCAUGCGAACUCAUGACAGUGUGUCAGUGCUGAUCUUCAACACCACCUCACACUGUUUUGUCCUUGUCAAGCAGUUCCGUCCAGCUGUAUACAUGUGUGAGUGGGAAAGGACCAAGACGCAGCUGCCUCAGUCUGCUGAGAAAACCGAGGAGGGCGCCGCCGAAGCCGCCGCCCCCGAGUCUCAGGAGGGCCAGUCGGCCCCGGAGGGGGAGAGCUCUUCUCAGUGGCCCCCAGCCUCAGCGGGGGUCACCUACGAGCUCUGUGCCGGGCUGGUGGACAAACCUGACCUCUCCCUGGAGGAGAUCGCCCGGCAGGAGGUGCUGGAGGAGUGUGGCUACGAUGUGCCUGCUUCUAAGCUGAAGAGGAUUACGUCUUACAGGUCAGGUGUAGGUGUAACGGGCGCAAAGCAGACCAUGUUUUACGCCGAGGUGUCCGAUGACAACUGCGUGAGCGCAGGUGGAGGUGAGCCACGAGAGGGAGAGCUUAUCGAGGUGGUCAAAGUCCCGCUGCACGAGGCCAUGACGUUCGCCUACGAUGAGCGUAUACCCAAAACCAUGGGAGUCAUUUUUAGCUUCAUCUGGUUUCAUAAUAACAUGUCUCCCAAAUACAAGAUCUCGACCAAUGUGUAACUAGUUUUAACCAACGUUCUUUCUACCAUUUAUUCCAAAUUAAAUCAAACACUGGCACAGCACAUCCACUCUUUCCCUUAUGGCUCCUCAUCCUGUGUUGCCUUUUUGCUUAUUGGUACAUGACGGAGGGUGGGCCCCUUGUCUCAUUGCCAGCAGGUAUCUUUAAGUUUUUGUCCUGUUUACCUUUUCAAAAUUUAUGUGGUCUUAACAUUUUUCCUGAAAACAAAUUUGCCAUAGCUGGUUGUCACUGGCAAUUUUUUUCUCGUCUUGAUGAUUUUGUUUUUUUGUUUUUUUUUCAGUAUGCCAAUUAUUUCAUAUACUGUGCCAUCUGUUAUAAAUGGCUGGAUAUCACUGAUUUCAUUUGCCUGCCCUUGAUUAAAGGAAUGCUCCACUGAUUUUAUUGUGGAUCUUGAAUGUUACCUUCAGAUGUGUUACUGGCUGUGCAAAAACCAUUUACCAUUCCUCAAACUUGUUUCAACCAUUCCUGCAACACCCACUGUUCAUUGCAAACCUUGUAUGUUAUGCUGCAUUCAUGUCACGUUGGAGUUAUCGUAAUUAUGUGUUUCCAACAUCCAAAUCGUAAUUACGACGGGGAAACUAUGUUUUCUCCCCUGAAAACUCAAAUAUCUCCUGAAAACCAAACACAUAUGGGUCACAUCAACUAAUUCUCACACAGCCAAGUCUGUAGUCAUACAAAAAUCUUGAUGUCGUGAAUGCUCAUAAAUUGUUCACAUGGAAGUCUUUCCCUUCUCUACCAUCCAUCCCAGAUGACGUGACCUCGGGAUUAAACCACGAUGCUAACCAGCCAUGGUUCCCUGGUUAGCUCCGGUCUGCGUACAUUUGAGCGUGCUCGUAUUUACAUUGGAUACAUAUUCAUGCGAACGUUUCAAAUUGCCUGAAAAGAGGAAUAUUGCAUCUAAUAUAACAAUACACGGCAUAUGAACAAUGGCUACUUUUUGCACAUGCUCUUGUCACUCCAACCACUAAAGACAUAAAGAUAAGGUUAAA